AGCGAUGCCAAAAGCCGGUGGCAGAACGUAGGACGUGAGGUAGCGCAUUCAUUUUUCUUUUAACUUUGAAAGUGGCAACUGUUGGGGUCGCAACCCGAACUGUCCGCUGCUGAUCCAACAUGGCGUCGGGGUCCAUCAAAUGUAUGGCGUGCCCGGACUACGAGAGCCCAGACCGGGAGGCGUACCGAGAGCACUGUGCGACGAAAUGGCAUCAGUACAACACCAACGAAAGAAUGAUGGGAAGGCGCACUCUAAGUGAGGAGGAAUACUUGGCGAAAAUUGCUCCACCGCCACCAGUGGCUCCAGAGACGAAGGUGGAAGAAAUCAAGGAGAGUGAGGCUCAGGGUGAACACGUGUCAGUCUGUGUGGUCUUCAGACAUAAAGAAGAAAAGUGGAGUCACAUCUUCAAAAUUCCCAAAGGUACAACUGUGAUGGACUUGAAGAAGAGCAUGGUAAAACCCAGCAGUCCGAGUGAUGAUGCAUGGCCCCAGUUAAUGCAGCAAUUGAAGCAUACACAACGUCUAGAGUUUCGAUUAGCAAUCGAACCACAAGGCUCUCCUCUUCAGCUUGAAAAGAGGCAUGAUACGCCCAUCCCACUUCGAAACUAUUGAUCAAGAUGAGACUUUUGACUUCUACUUUAUUGGAGCGGAGGAAGGCCGCACUCUACUGGAGAGGGAUGAAAGACGCCGAAGAGAAGAGCAGGCCUGGUCUCAAUGACGCCUCUGCCCGGUCUUGUAUUUUCCGUUAAUGCACCGGGAUCCUCGGCUUCCCACCACGAGAUCCCCAUCACCCAUGGCCAAACGGGCCACAACUCUUUUGCGCCUGCGGAACUGCAGCGGAAAGAGCUUUCGAAGUGGGCCGGGUGGCCGCUGGUGCCUCCUGCAGGGUAGUCUACGCAAGACUGUAGCAUCCACCAUGUGGCCAGGAUUUGAUUGGGGGCUACUAUGUCGGUGAUUUCAGAUGUGUUCCUGAUCAUUUCACAGUGAUUGUUUCCGCAAGUUUGACUGCCGAGUGACAGGCUUUUGGACUUCAGCCUUGCAUUAGUCUCCGUGG